CCAAAUAAACUACUGGUGAAUAAGGUAAGCCAUGAAUAAUUCUGUCAUAAGAAUCUAUGCUCUCUAUCCAGGAGCCUUUAACAAAAAAUGUUCUUCUCUUUUCAGGCUGGUUGUCAUGGGCCACAGGGGACCACUGUGGUUGGCUGACCUUUGUAAGCUGUAUAAUGAGGACUCUGUCCACACCCUGUGCUCUCUGUUUGAGCAUGAGUGGAAAAAACAACAGAAUUACUAUGAGAGAUUGAACCCAGAAGAGGAAUCUGGGAGAGAGACAUUGCUGUUCUCCAGUAACACUUCUUCUGGUUACUCACUCCUCUAUGCAAUAUUGAAGACUUUCCGUCCAAACUUAAUCAAAGUUGUGCUUCUGAGACUGUCAACUGAUCUUCUUGGCAUUCUCAGGCCUUUGACUCUCAGAUGGGUUAUCCUGUUCUGUGAGAGGCAGCCUUUGUUUGACUGGGUGGGAUACACAUAUUCACUGGUGGUGCUGGGGGCAGUUUUCUGCUUUGCUGUUUCUAAAUAUCAGCUUGAGAGACACAGCAGUGUAACAAUAGCCAAUGCACAAGCUGUUCUGGCUGACGCCCUCUACAGGAAGGUAAAGACAUUGUCUCUUUCCCAUAGUUCUCAACUGCAAUCCAACACCACUGAUGCUGACACUCUACUGUCAGUGGAGGUUGAGCGUGUGGCAGGACUGGGAGUCACACUGGCCUGUCUCUGGUCCUCCCCCCUGAGAGUCGCUCUGUAUCUGAGCUUACUUUGGAGGGAACUAGGCCCUGGUGUGCUGGUGGGGGCGGCAUUACUGAUAGUCCUCAUCUCUGUCCGUAUCGCAGUGGAGCGCAAAGUCAAACAGCUUCGGAGUUCUCAAGAGAUCAUCAGGGAAAGGAGUGAAAAGCUUGUUAAGGAAAUGCUGCAUAAACUUAAGGCGCUGAAGUUUCUUGCAUGGGAGCCAUGGUUCCAUCAGAGAGUUUCAGAGUCACGGGCCAGUGAGCUGGAGAUACUACAAAUUCUGAGAUAUCUGACAGCCUUCUCUUUGCUUGAUUCAAUCUGUAUGCCUUUCCUGGUUUCUUUCUCUGGUCUUGGUUUGUUUGUCCUGGUGGAUGAUGGGAAUGUCCUCACCCCAUCUCAGAUCUUUACAUGCCUCUGUUACUUCAGAUUGCUGUGUCCCACUCUGCAGGAGCUCCCUGCACACUUCUCUGGCCUCAAACAGGCACAGCAGUCUCUUUGCCAUCUGGAGAAAGUCUUUCUUAGUAAGGAUCUGGGCACCUCUCACUUGGUUACUACGGAAGGAACUACAGAAGAGCUUCCACCUGACAGCUCCCAACAGCAGUGCCACAGGUGUAAAAGAGAUAAGCACAGUGAUUCUGAUGAGGAAAGAGAUCACCAGCUAUUCCAAAAGGGCAGCGGAGAAGCCCGCAGGCUGUAUCUGAGCGCUUUUGGGUGGCACUGGGUGGCUUUUUAUUCUGUAGUCUUCCUAUGUGUGUGUGCAGUGUGUAUAGCACAGGACGGGGUUCUGAGUGUAUGGACAGGUGAAGCCAAAGAAGUGCAGGGCCUGGAGGAGUGGAGAGAGCUUAGAAACUCACGACUAUCUGUGUGUGGACUGCUAGGUCUCCUGCAAGCCUUGCUUGUGUGCUGUUCCGCCUACUGUCAGACCAGUGGAUCUCUCAGGGCAUCUGUUACUCUACACUCUGAACUGCUGUCAGAUGUUCUUCACCUGCCUGUGCAUACAGCUCAGACAACAGUCACCAAGCACCUAUUACACACCUUCAUUCAGGAUAUGCGAGUAAUUGAUGAAAAACUUCCAAAACACCUGCACAGCUGGGUGUGGAGUCUUUUGGAGAUAUUGAGCACCAUUACUGUGAUCUGCUUCGUCAUGCCAAUUUUCAGCCUGGCUGUGUGUCCACUGAUAAUCCUCUUCCUUCAUAUUCAGUCUCAUUUCUCAUCGGCCCACAUCCAAAUCAGACACAUGGAGACAAACCCAAUUGUUUCAGUCACUUCUCACAAGGAGGUGUGUCAGCAGCACUGGCUCUAUCCCAUGAAUCAAAACCUGCUGGUCAAGUACAACAGAACCAUCUCAGAAAGUUGGUUUGUGUUGCAGUUAGAUGCCGUUGCUGGGAUUGUGCUUUUCUUGGUCAGUUUGGUCCUGCUUCAGACUCAGCCGAACUCCGGACUUGUGGCUCUGGUCUUAAUCUCUGCCUUCAAUGUGAGAGAACCUCUUCACCGAUACUCUCAGGCUGCUUCUGAUGUCGACAUUGACAUGUUGAGCAUACAAAGAGUCAGUGAAUUUGCCAAAAUGGAGAAGGAGGCAGCAUGGACAGUUGCCUACAGAGCACCGUUUGACUGGCCACAACAGGGAGAGGUGAAGUUCAGGAACUAUGAAUGCGAAGCCCCCUUUAUCUUUACACCAGCUAUUAGGGGACUUAAUCUCAUCAUUUUAAAAGGAGAGAAGAUUGGGGUUGUGAGCAGGGAAAAGGCGGACACUGACCACUUAGUGAACUGUCUGUUCCGGGCAGUGGAGGCCAGCAGUGGUGCUGUUCUGAUUGAUGGUGUAAACAUUGCCUGUGUGGGUCUACACGACCUGCGCAGCCGUCUGCAAAUCAUUUCUCAGGUUCCUGUACUGUUCUCGGGUCCCCUCAGGGCUAAUUUGGACCCGUUCGCUCGGCAUACUGAUGCACAGGUGUGGCUGGCUCUGGAACUCUGCCAUUUAAAGGAGCAGGUUCAACAAUUUCCUGCUCAGCUGCUGCACCCAACACAGAGGACAUCUUUUGUUCUCAGCCUUGGGCAGAGGCGGUUGCUAUGUUUAGCUAGAGCCAUGCUGGAAAGGGUUAAAAUCCUGCUUGUGGAAGAGGCUCCUCCUUGUGUGGACCUGGCAACCGAGCACCUGGCCCAACAAUUGAUCCACACCGAGUUUAAAGACUGCACUGUACUGUGGCUCACUCAGAAUCCACUCACUGUCAUGCACACAGACAGGGUGCUGGUAUUGAAAAAGGGACAAGCUUUGAAGUUUGACGCCCCUUCCACUCUCCUCCAGCAGAGGCUGCUGUUAAGUCAAUGAGAGGAGGCCUGUUUUAAGGAAGGGAUUUUUUUUUUAUUUUUUUUAUUUUAUUUUUAUGCUUUGAACAACAAAACACUAGUACAAUACAACAUACAUUUUUGUGCCAUGGGAGCAAGAAAACAAAAAGUGCAUACAUUCACAAAGACACUUGACCUUUGAUUUAUACAAAGAUUUUGAAGACAGAGCACAGGUGAACAGUUUUUAUAGCUUUUCUAUUAGUACUAUUUUGAAUAGUAGAAAUAUAAUUCCCAAUUUCUUUAAAAACUACUGAAAAAAGGGGCUUUUUGUUAGAAAACGUACAUUUAUGAAUGUGAAAUUUGACUAAUAAAAUAAACAGAUGAAUUAAAUAAGCUUCACUAUUAACACUGUUGUCAUACUUUAAAUAACCAAAAUUUUCAAAAUGCAAAUCAAAAUUAAAGAGUAUAUUUUCAUUAAUAAAUUUAGACACAUCUUUCCAUAACUUUUUCACAUAACUACAACAUCAGAAAAUGUGACGUACUAUUUCCAAGUGCAAAGAGCAAAAAGAGCAGUUAACAUCAAUGUUUUUCUUAAACUUACAAAGAAAAUGUUUAACAGGGUAGAAUUUGUGUAUUAUCCUAAAAUACAUUUAUUUUACCUUAUUUGUAACAAAAAUCUUAUGAGGCAAUAACCAAACACUUUCCCAGUGAAGGUCAUUAACAAAUGUAUCAGUUGGGUUAAUUAUGGGCAUAUCAGCCGGCUUCAUUACUUCUCUACAUAAAGAAAUUACCCCAGAAUUAAUGGCAGAAAAUACAAGAGAGAAUUCCCUGGGAGUCACAGGAAGAUUAAAGUGCAAAAGAAAUUUGUCAUUGGUCAUAAGGUAUCCCUGAGAGUUAAACAGCUGACAGACUAAAACCAUACCUUUAUCAAACCAGCUUUUUAAAAAAAUACUUUUAUGCUUAUACAAAAUACAACGGUUAUUCCAAAUAAAAUAACGUUGCAGAGAAACAUUGUGCUUGUAGAUCAGCUUCCAAGCCAAUAAAGCUUGUGCAUGAGAGGGAGAUAAUUUCACUGGCAUUUUGUCUUAUAAUCACGCAUUAAUAAAAAAGAAAGGCCCCCAAGUUGGUCAAAAAUAAAAUUUGGAAUAAAAUUCCACAAAGAAGGUUUAUUCAAACAGAAUUUUAGCCAAUUAAUUUUGAAGGUAUCAUUUAAAGUAGAAAAAUCUAGAAAAUCAAGGCCGCCUUUUUUAAGCGAAUUUAUAACAACAGAUUUACGAAUAUAGUGCACACGGUUUGUCCAUAAAAAAUUAAGUAAAAUCUUAUCAAUAACUUUAACAGUUUUAUUGUCUAAGUGUAUAGAUGAAGCAACAUAGUUGAGUCUAGAAACAUCUCCUGCUUUUGACAGAAGAACUCUACCUCUAAGGGACAGGUCCCUUAAUAACCAAAGAUUACAUUUGUUUUUUAUCUUUUCAAUGGCAGAAUUAAAAUUAAAAGAAACUCUAUCUUGUUAGCUUUUCGAGACAACAACGCCUAAAUAAUUAACAGCUUCUUUAACAGGAAUACCAUCCACAGAUAAAAGGGAGGAGGUUUUCAAGGCUAAUAUUUAAAAAAAAUUAUAUUAAGGUACAAACCUGAAGCAUUUGAAAAUAAUUGAAUAGUUUUUAUUGCCUGAUGAAUCUGGCUAGAGUUUUUUUUUUAAAACAAGGCUGUCAUCUGCUAGUUGACUAAUCAGAAUACUUCUACCAGCAAUAUGUAUUCUUAACUUACUAUCCUUAAUAAAAUGACAUAAGGCUUGAGCUACAAUAAGAAAGAGAUAUACAGAGACUGGGCAGCCUUGCCGAAUUCCUCUUUCUAAAACAAAUCUCUGUGUUGUACCAUGUCCUAAUUUCACUGAACUAUUUCCUCCAGUAUACAGAGUUUUCAUAGCAUUACAAAAGUAGUGCCCAAAAUGCUCUUAAAAAAAAAAAAGCAAAAAAAAAAAAAAAAAUUUAAAGGAUGCUCAAUAGUGUCAAAGUCCUUGAAAAAGUCUAAAAAAAGAAUUAAACUAUCAUCCACAAUAAGAUCUGAGUAUUCAAUAAGGUUGAAGACAAGUCUAAUAUUAUUAAAAAAUAUGAUGGUUUUUCAUAAAGCCUGACUGAUUCUCAUCAAUAAUGGAGUUCAAAACCAACUUGAAUCGCCUUGAGAAAAUAAGGACAAACAAUUUAUAGUCAUUAUUAAUAAGUCUGAUAGGUCUCCAGUUGUCUAGGAAAAGAGUAUCCUUUUUAGGUUUAGGUAUUAAACAAAUGACACCUUGCUAAAUACUAGUUGUGAGCUCAGAACAAUUGAGGCUCUCUGAAUACACUAAAAAGGAAAGGGGAAAGGAGUUCAGAAAAGCUUAUAAAAUUCAGCUGUUAUCCCGUCAUUACCAGGUGACUUAUUAUUUUUUAAGAGAGAAAUUUCUUCCUUAAGUUCAUCAACAGUAAUAGGAAUCACACGUGUUUUGUAUGUUUUUUUUCAUCAUGAUUAAUAGAAUUAACAGUACCAAGGUGCAUACAGAAAAUAUCCAAAUCAUUAAAAUUAGAUUUAUACAAAUUCGAAUAAAAGUUAUGACAAAAUUGGGAAAUUUCUUUGGAGUUUCUGCGACAGAUCCCCCAAUAUUCAUUGGACAAAUAGAAUUGUUUAGCCCUAUUUUUCUCAAGUUUAAAAAAAUAAGUAGACAUCUGUUCUCCAUAUCCUGUCCACAUUUGCCUUGACCUAGUGAAAGCACCUUCUGCUCUUAAUUUAUAUAAAUCAUCUAACUUAAUUUGCAGGUCAACAAAAUAUGCUCUCUGUCCAUCUGACAGAUUCUCAGGAAAGAUAUUGGUAAUAGAUGAAAUUUUUGAUUUAGCCAAAUUAGAACUGAAUUUUCUUAAGUAUUUCCCAAUUUCAAAUUUUAACAAUUCUCAAUUGCAGCUGAAUUAAUUUUCAUAUUUAGCUUUGUUCCAGUAAAAAUGUAUAAGUCUUUUUAGCUCUAACUUAACCUCAUUAUACUUGUUUUAAGGUAGGGAUUCAAACCUGCAUCUAAUGCUGAUUACCUUAACAUCAGACAUGGGUUCCUUAAAGCACAAUUUAUUGACUUAUAGCAGGCAUUUUAUUACUAAGAUUUGUCAUUCUUUUGGACAGAUUACACAUAAAUAAAAUAUUGAAUAAAAAAAAAAUUUAAAAAAAAUAAAAAUGGAACACAAAUGCAAAACUUCCCCAAACAGUUUUAGGAAUAUUUGAAUUAAGUAGUGGGGGAGAGUAUUUUAAAUGUUACAUAUUUUCAUCUUAAUUUCACAACUUGUUUCUUGCCACUUAUCUGAUGGAAAAACAUACAAAAAUAAGCACACACACAUACACUUUGCCAAAUGUAUGUUUAAUGAUAGCUUGAAGAGAGCUGUUUGUAACUGAAUUCUUUUAUCAUGAAUGUUUAAUGGCUAACUAUUUAUUUAUUUAUUUAUUUAUUGGAUUUUCCCCCUUUUUCCUCCCAAUUUGGAAUGCCCAAUUUCCAAUGUGCUUUUAAGUCCUCGUGGUCGUGUAAUGAUUUGCCUCAAAUCUGGGUGGCGGAGGACGAAUCCCAGUUGCCUCCACGUCUGAGACCGUCAACCUGCGCAUCAUAUUAUGUGGCUUGUUGAGCGCGUUGCCACGGAGACAUAGCGCAUGUAGAGGCUUCACGCCAUCCACCGCGGCAACCACGCUCAACUCACCAUGCGCCCCACCGAGAACGAACUACAUUAUAGCGAUCACGAGGAGGUUACCCCAUGAGACUCUACUCUCCCUAGCAACCAGGCCAAUUUGGUUGCUUAGGAGACCUGGCUGGAGUCACUCGGCACACCCUGGGAUUCAAACUAGCGAACCAGCGAUGGUAGCCAGCGUCUUUUACCACUGAACUACCCAGGCCCCCAAUUGCUUACAAUUUAUAACAAAAAUAUGUAUUUCUUUUUUUCUUUUACAAUUUUGAUACUUGUUGCAGUGUUUUACAAUGAAACAUAAAUAAAUAAACAAGAACCAAGCAGCAGGUCUUGUGGGACUUCCUUCUAAGGACUGGUUGUGGUUAUGGCCAGUGACCAUGGCUAACACCAGUUUGCUGUUUGAGCUGUCUGUCGACACAUUCCUUUCCAUUUCCUUUGCAGUUAUAGUCAGUUAAUUGCGCUCUGAAUUGCGUUUAGGGGCAGUUUUCUUUUCAUAAUUUUCCACAUUUUAACUGUCUCUGGAUCUUUGUUUGUGCUCAUUUCAGGUCAGCUCAAGCCACUCAAAUGAGAAAUGAAAACACUUGGCCCUUGUUUUACAAAAGCACUUUCUUUGGUAUGCAGUGGCAUGCAAAAGUUUGAGGCAUCCCUGAUCAAAAUUUCUGUUGCUGUGAAUAGCUAAGCGAGCAAAAGAUGGCCUGAUUUCCAAAAGGCAUAAAGUUAAAGAUGACACAUUUCUUUAAUAUUUUAAGCAAUAUUACUUUGUCCAUCUUUUACAGUUUCAAAAUAACAAAAAAGGAAAAGGGCCCGAAGCAAAAGUUUGGGCACCCUGCAUGGUCAGUACUUAGUAACACCCCCUUUGGCAAGUAUCACAGCUUGUAAAAGCUUUUUGUAGCCAGCUUAGAGUAUUUCAAUUUUUGUUUGGGGGAUUUUUGCCCGUUCUUCUAGUUCUGUGAGAUUCUUGGGCUUUCUUGCAUGCACUGCUCUUUUGAGGUCUAUCCACAGAUUUUCGAUGAUGUUUUGGUCAGGGGACUGUGAGGGCCAUGGCAAAAACUUCAGCUUGCACCUCUUGAGGUAGUCCAUUGUGGAUUUUGAGGCAUGUUUAGGAUCCUUAUCCUGUUGUAGAAGCCAUCCUCUUUUCAUCUUCAGCUUUUUACAGAUGGUGUGAUAUUUGCUUCCAGAAUUUGCUGGUAUUUAAUUUAAUCCAUUCUUUCCUCUACCAGUGAAAUGUUCACCUGUGCCACUGGCAUCAACACAAGCCCAAAGCAUGAUCGAUCCACCCCUGUGUUUAACAGUUGGAGAGGUGUUCUUUUCAUGAAAUUCUGCACCCUUUUUUCUCCAAACAUACCUUUGCUUAUUGCGACCACAAAAGUUAUAUUUUAACUUCAUCAGUCCGCAGGAAUUGUUUCCAAAAUGCAUCAGGCUUGUUUAGAUGUUCAUUUGCAAACUUCUGACGCUGAAUUUUGUGUAGCGGAUGCAGGAAAGGUUCUCUUCUCAUGACUCUUCCAUGAAGUUAAAAUUUGUCCAGGUGUCACUGCAAAGUAGAACAGUGCACCUCUUCCCCAGAGUCUGCUAAAUCUUCCUUAAGGUCUAUUGCAGUCAAACAGGAAAGUUUUCCUGGUCUUCCAGACCUCAACUUGAACUCCACCAUUCCUGUUAACUGCCAUUUCUUAAUUACAUUACGAACUGAGGAAACUGCUGCCUGAAAACGCUUUGCUAUCUUCUUAUAGCCUUUCUUCUGCUUUGUGGGCAUCCGUUAUUUUAAUUUUCAGAGUGCUAGGCAGCUGCUUAGAGGAGCCCAUGUCUGCUGAUUGUUGGGACAAGAUUUGAGGAGUCAGAGUAUGUAUAAAGCUUUGAAUUUGCAUCACCUGUCAUUUCCAAAUGAUGAUUGUGAACAAGCCAUAGCCCUAACAAGCUGAUUAAGGUCUGAGACCUUGGUA